AUGAAUUGCUCCGCCCUUGUCAAUGACCGCUUUGGCCCAGCCGUUGGUGACGACUGUCCUGGCCGGUUCGACUUCACCCUGUUGUUUGAGGAAUUGAUAUUAUCGACAGUUCCUUUGGGCAUAGCAUGUUCCUGGGCGGCGAUCCGUCUGCAUCGGCUGUGGGACGAGGCUGCCAAAGUCGACAAGUCAGCAGUGUUGCUAUUCAAGUUGGCGCUCUAUGUUCUGAUCACGUCGUUGCAAGUCGUGCUCUUGGUGCUGUGGCAAACCGGCCGUGUGGACAGGAGCCGAUUUACUCUUCCAUGUCUGAUCCUCGCGCUGCCCGGCCAUGUCCUACUGUCGGUUCUAUCAUGCCUGGAGCACGUGCGAUCAGUUCGCCCGUCGACUUUGUUAUGUUUGUACCUUGGCGUGACCUGUCUCCUGGACAUGGCUCGCGUUCGCACCGCGUUUCUGUUCCUGAACAGCCCGGCCGUGUCUUGGGUUCUGCUUUUCUGCUUGGUUGUAACACUGUCCCUGCUUCUCCUCGAGGUGACCGAGAAGCGGCACUUGUUGAAACCAGCGUGGAAAAGCGCCGGCCCUGAAGAGGUGGCGGGAAUCGUCAACCGCGCCUUUUUCAUAUGGCUCAACGGCAUUUUCAUCAAGGGGUUUCGCACGCUGCUCACCGUUGACAUGCUAUCGCCGCUUGACUCUGAGAUGCUGGAAGCUUCAAGCCCCACGAAGCUUGUAUCAUCUUGGAAAAGAGCAAAUCAGGAAAAGGAGCAUUCUCUGUUCCUCACCUUCCUAUGGCACUACAGGUGGGCUCUUCUGUCGGGGACCUUGCCGAGACUGGCCUACACCGGCUUCAGCUACUCGCAGCCGUUUCUUGUUGAAAGAGUACUGGAUUUCGUGAGCGAAGACCGGGAGCCCGACAGCAACAAGAUCGCGUACGGACUUAUUGGAGCAUAUGCGAUUGUCUACGUGGGCUUAUCUCUGGCAUUUGCGGUCUACCAGCACAAGACAUACCGACUGUUGACGUUGUACCGCGGCAGUCUUACGGCCAUGAUAUUCAGCAAGACGCUCAAGAUGAGCGCAUCGUCCACCUCGGAGGCGGAAGCUAUCACGCUCAUGAGCGCAGACAUUGACCGCAUCGGGUCGAGCAUGUCCCUCAUACACGAACUCUACGCCAGUGUCAUCGAGCUCGCGCUUGCCCUGUGGCUCCUGUACAGGUUGCUGGGAAUGGCGAUCCUCGCCCCCAUCGUCUGGGUCAUUCUCUGCCUCGUAGCCGCCAUGCCCCUUGCCAGGGCGGCGGCCAAUGCCCAGAUCCCGUGGCUCGAGGCCAUUGAGACGAGGCUGACGGGAACUGCCAAGGCGCUUGGCAACAUGAAGGCCAUCAAGAUGACGGGGCUCACGGACAUUAUAUGCUCACGCAUUGCUGGUCUUAGAAACGACGAGAUCAGGGCGUCUCUGCGUCACCGAGUCUUGAACAUUCUGGUUUUCAUUUCUUACUUUGCCUCGACCGCAUUGGCACCGGUAUGGGCCUUUACGGCGUUCAUACUCAUCGCAAAAGCCCGUGGCUCUGAAACACUGACCGAGGGCGUCGCCUUUGCCGUUCUCAGCAUCUUUGAGCUCCUCAACCAGCCAAUAAUAUACAUGGUGGACGGGGUCGAGCACAUCCAGACCGUCAUCAACUCGUUUCGGCGCAUCCAGAAUUACUUGACUUCCCCAGAGCGGCAGGACCAGAGACAUCUCCCAGCGCCAGCCAUGUCGUCCGAGUCCAGCGUCUCGGGCAAAGAUGGCAUCCAUGGCAAGGGGUUGCAGGAUGAGAAGGUCUUCAGUCCGCAAGCCCAGUGCCCUGGUGUAAUGUUGUCCCUGGAUGAGGUGUCGGCAGGAUAUAACCUAGAAGAAAAGAUGAUCCUCAAGGACCUGAGCUUCAAAGUCGGGCACGGCCAGGUCACCAUCAUCGCAGGGCCAGUAGGGUGCGGCAAGUCCACGUUGCUGCGAGCGAUUCUCGGAGAAGUCCCUUUCAGGGGUUCAAUUGCGGCUGGAUUUCGAACGGCCGCGUAUUGCCCCCAAACCCCGUGGUCAACUUGGGGCACGGUCAGGAACAACAUUGUCGGGGUGUCGCCUUGGGACAGAGCCUGGUACGACACGGUUGUAGAUGCGUGCGCCCUCAACGCAGACUUUAGAGAGUUGUCCAACGGAGACCAGACGAUGACCGGGACUCGCGGCUCACAGCUGAGUGGAGGGCAGCAAAUGAGAGUGUCUUUCGCCCGGGCUCUGUAUUCGCGGAACCCAGUCAUGGUCCUGGACGACGUCUUGACGGGCCUCGACAGAACCACUGAGAGGCACAUCAUAGACAGGGUCUUCUCCAAGGACGGAAUGCUGAAGCAACUGAGAGCGACGGUCAUCAUGGCUUCCAACUCGGCGCACCACCUGAGUCUUGGGGAUCAAGUGAUAGUCCUUGAUGAAGGCGGCAAGAUGGUCAGCCAGGGGGCUGCGAAGGCUGUUUCUUUGCCGACGUCACCAAUCCAGCCAGAGGGCGUUGCGCAAUCACAGCCGGCACCCAAGGAGACGGACGACGACGAAGCCGAGAUAUGGCAAGAGAUUGACAUGCUGAUUCAUCCCUCGACAGAGGAGAACCGGCAUGCUGGCGACAUGAGGAUCUAUGGAUAUUAUGCAAAAAUCGCAGGGCGGUGGACUAUAGGCGUAUACCUGUUUGCUUGCUGUAUAUUCGUAUUCGGCAUGACGUUUCCGUCCGUUUGGAUGCAGUGGUGGACAAACGCCAACGCAGAAAACCCGAAUGAGAGAACGGGCUAUUGGCUGGGAGUAUACGGAGCGCUCGCGGCCUUGACAAUCCUGGGCUGUGCUCUCGCAGACUGCACGUUCAACUUGGUCGUGCUGCCAAAGACGUCUCGAAAGUUCCAUCAGCUGCUCCUGGACACCACGAUGCGCGCACACAUAUCGUUCCUCACUUCGACGGAUGCCGGCACAACGCUCAACAGGUUCAGUCAAGAUCUGGAGCUGAUAGACAACGACUUGCCGCAAGCCAUGGACCAGACAAUCUUCCAGUUCCUGUCUGCCAUCGUCUCCGCAGUCCUCGUCUUCAUCGGAUCGAGCUACAUCGGCGCAGCUAUCCCCUUGUGCAUCGCCGCUCUUGUCUUCGUGCAGUUUUACUACCUGCGCACUUCGAGGCAGCUCCGGCUCUUGGACAUUGAGACCAAAGCGCCGCUGUUCUCGCAGUUCCUGGAAACCGUCAACGGCGUCUCCUGCAUCAGGGCAUACGGCUGGUCGGACGCGUACAUGGAGAGGAGCUGCUUGGCGUUGAACGUUUCCCAAAAGCCGUACUACCUACUCUGGUGCAUCCAGCGAUGGUUGACGCUGGUCCUGGACCUCUUCAACGCAGGCCUUGCGCUCCUCCUGGUCGGUAUCGCGACCAACAUACGCGGGAGUGCGACGAGUUUCCUCGGCGUGGCGCUCUUCAACAUUGUGACCUUUAGCAGCACUCUCCAGACUCUCGUCACGGAGUGGACUCAGGUAGAGACUGCUCUGGGCGCCAUCAAUCGCAUCCGGUCGUUCGUCUUGAACGUCAAGGACGAGAAUCUCCCCGGGGAGAAGGGCGAGGUGCCCCAGAGCUGGCCGGCGACGGGACACGUCGUAUUCGACAACGUCUCGGCCUCGUACAAGUCUGCGGCCGAGCCGGUACUCAACCAGGUUUCUUUCCAAGUCGAAUCCGGCGAGAAAGUCGCGAUUUGCGGAAGAACGGGAAGCGGAAAGUCGUCGCUCAUAGCGACUCUGCUCCGACUUCUGGAAGUGGACGGCGGCAAGAUAUGCGUCGACGGCAUAGACGUCAGCACCAUUCCGCGGCAGGAAGUACGUCGCAGGUUGAACACGGUGCCGCAGGACUCGUUCCUCCUCGCGGGCAAGCUGCGGGAAGACCUGGACCCCUUCCGGUCCGCCACAGACGAGGAGCUCGUCGACGUCCUCGGCGCAGUGGGCUUGUGGGACAUUUUCGAGCCGGUUGGCGGGUUGGAGAGCGACAUUGGGGAAGACAUGCUGUCGCAUGGCCAGCGUCAGUUGUACUGCCUCGCUCGCGCCGUCGUCAGACAGAGCCCCAUACUCGUGCUCGAUGAAGCGACGAGCAAUGUUGAUGCCGACACCGACAAGGCCAUGCAGGAGCUGUUGCGGAGCAGGUUCAAGGACCAGACCGUCAUAUCUGUGGUGCACAAGUUGCAGAGCGUGCUUGACUUUGACCGCGUCAUCUUGUUGGAGAACGGGCGGCUGGUGGAGAGCGGGAAGCCAAGAGAGUUGCUUUCAACGCCGGCGUCAGCUUUCCUGGCCUUGUAUCAAAGCUUGGAACCUGGCCACGGGGCUUAG